AUGAUGACUGAUUCAAUCAGGGAAUUUUACAAAUCAAAAAAUGUUCUUGUUACCGGCGGUACGGGUUUUAUGGGAAAGGUAUUGAUAGAGAAGCUUCUAUUUAGUAUACCUGAUAUAGGGAAUAUUUAUGUUUUAAUGCGACCAAAGAAAGGGAAGUCCGUCAACCAAAGAUAUGAAGACAUGCAAAGAUUACCGCUUUUCGAUCGCGUAAGAAAUACAAAACCAGCCGCGUUGAAAAAAAUAGUACCACUAACUGGAGAUGUUUUGUUUGAUGAUUUUGGACUAUCGGAGAGAGACAUGCAAACAAUAUCUGAAGACGUCUCAAUUGUUUUUCAUUUUGCUGCAACCCUAAAAUUAGAAGCACCCCUCAAUGAAAACGUGAAUAUGAAUACAUGCGGCACACAAAGAGCACUUAAUGUAGCUAAAAAGUUGAAGAAGUUACGUGUAUUUAUACAUCUAUCAACCGCUUUCUGCUAUCCCGAUUACGCCGUUCUAGAGGAAAAGAUGCAUGCACCACCAGUAAAGCCUUCUGAUAUAAUGCAUCUACUAGAGUGGCUUGAUGAAAAGAAAGUUGCUAUUCUGACUCCGUCUUUACUCGGACCUCAUCCUAAUUGUUAUACAUUUUCCAAAAGACUAGCUGAGAAUAUUGUGGAAAAUGAAUAUGAAAACCUUCCUACCGUGGUCGUACGACCGAGCAUAGUAUGUCCAUCUAUAAAAGAACCUGUACCAGGGUGGGUGGACAGCCUCAACGGGCCUGUAGGACUUAUGCUUGGCGCUGGUAAAGGCGUUAUAAGAAGUAUGCUUUGCGAUGGAAGUCUCGUGGCACAAGUUAUUCCCGUUGAUACUUGCAUAAAUGCACUCAUUGCUAUCGGCAUGAUAGAAGGCAAGAAAGAAGAUAAAGCAGAGCUAAUGCCAGUGUAUAACGUAAACAUUGGUCAUCAAAAACCAACAACGUGGGGAGAGGUUCUGAAAAUCGGUAAAGAUUAUGGACGCAAGUACCCCUUGGCUUGGCCUCUGUGGUACCCUAAUGGUGACAUCACGACGAACUACGUAUUGCAUGAAUUUAAAAGACUAUUUUAUCACCUAUUACCGGCAUAUUGUAUAGACUUUAUUUUAUUCUUGUUGAGACAAAAACGUUUCAUGGUACGUGUUCAAGAUCGAAUAAGCCAGGGUUUACAAGUUUUACAGUACUUUACAAUGAGACCAUGGACUUUCCCGUGCCCAAAUUUUGAUAGUUUACAGUCCAAAUUGGACAAGGAGGAACAAGUUAUUUUUAAUACAGAUUUGACAACAGCUGACCGCGACGCUUAUUUGCAGCAAUGUAUUGAAGGAGGUCGGAUUUUCUGCCUUAAAGAAGAUCCUAGCAAAAUCCAUAUUAACAGAGCCUACCACAACUUCCUCUUCGUACUGGAUUGCUUAGUGAAAAUACUAUUCUGGCUACUGCUGUCAAGUUUUUUUGCUGCUUACUUUACACCAGUACGAGACGUAUUGAGCUAUGGAGAACCGGUAGUAAAAUAUCUGCCAUUUGUAGGGCGGGUAGUGUGUGAUAAGGAAUAG